AUGGAUCCCGCAAACAGAGCAAUCCAGGAACUGACUCCAUCCAAUACCUCAUCCGGAAAGCUUCAACCUCCACCUUCUAGGCGUCGAGACAAGGCCCAGCUUAGCUGCAAGUCGUGUCGCUCGCGGAAGGUCCGUUGCGAUCGUUUACGUCCAUGUAGCAAUUGCUCCAGCCGGGGGCUUGGCUUCUCUUGUGUUUAUACCAAAACCACCACCUCAGUUGCCUCUUCACCUGCGCAAGCAGCCUCGUCAGCCCGCCUUCAACUUCCCGCCACCAAUAUGAAGGAUCGUAUUGAUCAGUUAGAGAGUCUGGUUUUGGAACUCAUGCACCAAAUUGAGUCAAGCCCUCAUCUCCAAAAUGAGCUCUUUAUUACUGGCAGAUCUAUCCGACUUGGAGAGCUUACGAAGUCAAUAGGUGAAUCGCCAUUGGGGGACCUCCGAAACGUUACAUCUGAUCAACGAUCUCGGAAUGACCGAUCCAAUUCGCGCGGAAAUUUGGAUCGAGUCACUGUGCUGGAAUAUGACGCGCAGCAUUAUGUCUCCCCAUCCCCAUCUGACUAUGGUAGCUUCAGGACUCCAGAGACAAGUGUCAAUUAUGUUAGUAGCUCGCAUUGGGCUGGCAUUUUAGAUGGUAUUACCGAUCUACGGAACCACCUCACACGGGAUGAGGAGGCUCAUCCUGUGGUUUUGGAUCCUACCUGGCAACCGGCAAGCUUCCCUAAACCCAAUUUGCUCUACAGUUGCGCAAUGCAUCAAACCUCUGCCUCAAUACUGAAGUCUCUGCCACCUCGCCCUACUGUGGACAGAUUAAUUUCUCGUUACUUCAACAUCAUUGACAUAGCCCCUGGUAUGCUAAGCUCUGCCCAGCCCCCAUUACUUUUGAACAAUACCCUGACCAUGAUCCAAACUGACUACUGGGAACCAGGUAUUGUGCACAGUGGCAAAUUCCUCCGAGAGUACGAGAGAUUUUGGAAGGCACCACAUGACGCCCCAAUCUUGUGGAUUGGUAUUCUAUUUAGUAUUAUGUGCCUGUCGACCCAGUUCCUGCAGGCCUUUCCUAGUACCACUGGGUGCUCUCCUACACUCGGACACUUAAGAAAGACAUCCCAGGUCGGAGACAAUCAAUCAUUGGUAGAGACGUACAAACAGAAGGUGAUCCAAUGUCUCCUCCUGGGUCAUUACACAAAGGGUGGACCAUGCGUUCUGGAGACACUGAUUCUCUAUUUCCUGAUCGAGAAUUUCCACCUCAAAGACAUGGAGAUUGGUAUUUGGGUCCUGGUGGGAAACAUAGUACAGAUUGCCAUACAUAUGGGCUAUCACCGCGACGCGAAGCAUUUUCCAUCCAUAUCCCCCUUCGCCGGUGAAAUGCGGAGGCGUGUGUGGGCGAUGAUCGUCCAGUUAGACUUUAGCGUCUCUACACAGUUGGGGCUUCCUAGGCUGGUCAAAGAAAGUGACACCGAUACUGCCGAGCCACGGAACCUGAAUGAUUCAGACUUCGAUGAGGACGCUUCCGCAUUGCCCGAUUCAAAGCCCGAGACCGAGGUGACACCUACUCUCUACGUCCUAGCCAAGCUCCGGCUACUCUCGGUAGGAGCUAAGGUCGCCGAUGUGGCUACGGAACCACAGCCACAUGCGUAUGCCCACAUCCUGGCGCUUGAUCAACAGAUUGACGAGGCUAGGAACACGAUCCCAUCCAGUUUGAAGUGGAUUGACCUCGCAUCGUCCCUCAAUGUCCCAUCUCAAAUCAUGGUUCAAAGGAUAUGGCUGGAGGUGAUCAUCCAUCAACUGAAGAUUGUCUUGCAUAGGACGUUUCUUGAGCCCUCUCGCCUUCACCGGCAGUAUGACAGCUCACGGUCAGCAUGCUUGGAUUCUGCGAUGAAGAUUUUAGAAUUCCAGCGUCUCGUUGAUGAGGAGACACAGGUAGAUGGUCUGUUGUACCAGAGCCGCUGGAAAGUUUCGUCUGCUUUCAUAAACGACUUCCUUCUGGCCACAAGUGUGCUUAGCUUCUAUGUCCAAACUCAUAAUAAUGAAAGGGACACAGCCCCUGGCAAUUCCAGAGACUCUGAAGUUGAGCUGGUGGACAUGGCCCAAAUCAAAGAUCUCCUAAGAACAUCCCAGGCCAUCUGGAGUCGGCAAUCUACUAACUCGAGAGAGGCUCGAAAAGCCGUCGUGGCUAUUAGGUAUGUUCUAGGUGGCUCUCGUGCAAGCACUGAGCCCCACGCCUCCGAGGACGCAUUGCUCUCUGCUGUUCCAGCCACAGCUGUCUCUUACUUUCCAGGCUACUCAGACUUCACAUCGAACUAUGACAUACCCGGUAUGGACCUGGGAUCUACAUCUACAAUGGAAGGAAUGACAUGGCCCAUAUUCACAGCAAACCUGAAUGAUGAUGUCGAGCAGUGGCUUGGAGGGAAUGGUUCCCAACAGAUGGAUAUGACAUUGUGA